UUUGUAUUCGACAUCUGAAAGUAUGUGCAAUUACUAGGCAAAUCUUUAAAAUAAAGGGCAGAUAAUUUUCCUCGCCAAGGACUGAAGUUGGAUAUUAAGCCCAAUGAACUGUGACUUAUAGCAAACUGAAUGGUGCAUGCGUAGAAAGUCUAAGCGGCUGCGUCCUCAGUUAGGUUAGUGUUGCUGCGGCGCAUCUUAGCGGGCUAAGCAUCGCCGAAUUUUUAAAACGAGCCGGUGUAUAGAUCUUCGAAACGUACGAGCAUGCCGAAGGAGGAUAGUGCCACUGCGCUUCCUGCGGGAAGCACGAGACGAUCGCGUGUGCAAAGUAGGAUCCAAAGCGUUGCUGGCACUCCAAAGCCGACUUCGCGCUCCAGUGCAGUUGCUGUCUCGCCGAAUACCUUCCUUAGGGUCUUCCCGAAUUAUGUGGAAAGAGACGCUAGUGAUCCAGCGUCCGAGCCGCGCGCUGACGAUGACAACCCGGUGGCGCGUCCCUCGAAAAGGCAAACUGCGCGGAAGAGGACAACCACGCGGCCAUCCGGAAGGGAAAACAGCACAAGCCGGGAACGACAGAAGACCAGUGACGGGCGAGAAGCUACAAGUCGGACUGGCUCAAAGGAGUCGAGCACAUCGUCCGGUCGAAAGCAGCUUGGUGCGUUGAUUCGUGGCACUCCGUCAUCAGUCGUCUUGACCAAAGAAGAUGGAGAUGCACGUGAGGGUGACGCUUCCGGGACACGGAAGUCCAAGAGGCCGGCCUCGAGGAGAAUGCGGCAGAAAAACACCACCAGUGGUGAGCGACCGUCCUUUGAGGGUCAAGGCCCAACUGCGCGAGAGCUGCUCGAGCAAGGUUUGGAAGCGAGAGAAAGAACCAGAAAAUUAAUGAACAAAGAGGACGCUGAGGACCUACCCGACCAGCACUUAGAGCAUUUGGGCGCAGGACCAGGACAAGUCGCACGUUCGACAAAAAGCCAGUCUGUAGGCGAUUUCGAUGCAGAAUUGCUUGCCGGGAUCGCGAACAUCAUGACCAUCGGCAAGCCACAAAAGAAACGAAAAUCAAAAUCUGACGAAGACGCUUCGACGAAAGACGGCUCUGAAGAAAAAUCGACUUUGAAUGAAGAUGAUGGCUCAACAAGAAGUCAGGGCGUUCCGGAUCACAUGAACCCACUCGUGCCACCAGGCGCCAGCAAGCGGGAUAGAGGAAAAAAGUCAUUUUCUGGUGCUAAGAGGGCUUCGCAUGUAGACACCGACGAUGAUGACGUUGCACGAUUGCCAGCGUCAGCAGACGCAAGUCUUUCGCCUCCGGGAUCACGCAGGCCUUCUAAAGAAUUAGGAGCAGGUGCGAAAGCGGGCACGAGCAAGCAGGGGCGCAUACAUGCGACGCCGGCGCCUGGUCGGGUGGAUCAAUUGACGCGUCUAUCGACGAAGCAGGGUGGAAUGGAUAGGGAUAUCACUCAGGGCCGCCGUUCAUCAAAAAAGGCUUCAGCGAUUCCGGCGCGUAAGAAUAGAAAAAGUCAGCAGCAGCGAGAAGCCACUAGCAAAAUCGCUCAGCUAGAGACGGAACUCCCCAAGCUUCUGGCUGAUUGGCAGAGAACCCUGCAGUCGUACGAAGUCGAGGUGACAGCUACCAACACGGCGAAACUUGGGAAUGACAAGUCGGCGCCGUCUGUGCUAGCCGCAGGCGCCAGCGGAACGCGGCGAAGCGGUCUGGAGUCGCGUCAACCGCUGUUUUCGAUGCGCCCAUCAGUUGCACCAGGCGCAGAAACUUCCAACAGGAGCGCCUACGUGACGCGGAAGGAGAAGGAACUCGAACUGAAGAUCUUGCAGGGAAUCAUGGCAAAUGUUCAGAAAACACUUGAGGUGGCUCGAAAUGAAGCUUCGGACGCACUUGAUGGCGAGCUUUUCCGCCGUGCGGAGGUGUUGAACGCAUCACUUGCGGCGUUUCGCGAACAGGAAGUGCGCUUUCUUGCUUUGAGCGCACAAGCGGAUGCGCGCUCGAAAGAUGACGCCUUUCAGUCGCAGGAUGAGGAUCCCUCUGCCCCAGGUGGGGGAAUAGGCAGAAGAAAGUCCGUACGAAGCAGAAAGUCGAGUGCCCAGGGAGCAAAGUCUUCCAGCAGUAACACAAGCAAAAAAUCUGCUGGCCGCGUGGAGAGCUCACGAGACGACAAGAUCGCAGAGGCGCGUGAAACGCUCUUGCAGUCCCUGAACGGUGGAAGCUUUGCGGUGACUGGUGGCGUUGACCGGCCUGCACCGUCAACGGCUAGCCUUCAGGAAGCUUUCGUGACGUUGAACAAAGAGGUCCAGGAGAGUGAGAAUUCAGAAAUCCUCAAAGACGCUUUCUCCUCCUUGCAAACCGUAGUUCGUGAGCGCGACGAAAAGCAUUUGUUCGAGCAAGGCGGUUCUUCGUCUGGAUUGGCAGAGCGUACCAGUACAACGGACAAAGGAAUAAGUAGUGCAGCUUCAUCGGCAGCAAUGCACGUUGAAGUCGUGACUGCUGCGUUGGAUGGCAUUUGGAAUGCAUCGUCGCAAUCCGUUGCUCUGCGGUCGUCGUUAGAAGUCGUGCGCAACUUCGCCUUGCGGCGCUCCGUUCCGGAUGUUCCCUUGCGACCGACGAAUCGGGAAACAAAAGCGUAUGGGCAGCAAGACGAAGAAGACUCAGCAUCUUUCUUACCGGGGGCAUCUUCCGCAGGUGCGAAGACAAGUGGCGGCCGCGGAUCCAAGAAAAGCGUGAAGCAUGAUGGAAGUAAGUUUUUGCGGCGGUUGCUAGGCCGGCUGCGAAGCCGUACUCGCGAGCUUCUUGUUUUCGACCCGGAGCAAGGAGAUGACGGACCUGGGUUGAGUAGCACGAACCAUUUGCUCCAGGAACGUCUGGCCGUCCUAGAUGGACUUCAGGAGCAUGAAGAGUUGGAUAGUGUCGAUGACCACCUAGACAUGUUCUCGUCGACGCGGCAGGAUUUCACAAGGCUGCACCAGGUUUGGGGCCGUGCAGUGCGUGAGGCGUUCGACUACUUUGUGCAGAGGUUUCGCUGUCGCUUAGAGUCCCCGGACGGUCAGUUUCUGACCUGCUCUUUCGCGCCGGACAACCCGAUUGCGCGAGACGAGUUGCUGAACGCAAUUAACGUUCUGAAGGCGACACUGUUGCCGCCGCCUGGUCCGCCCAUUGCACAAGACGAUCGCAGCGCUGCCAUGGAGAUGCUUGAGAGGCUUGUCCGCGAUAACCAACGGAACGAAGCAGGCGUCGUCGGGCGGACGAGUAGAGCAUUGGGCAGGAUUGAUAGGAGCGUCUCGGCCAGUGAUCAGAGUCAAUUUGCCGAGGCGAAUGCGACAGAGUGUUCUGCUGCACUGGGCUACGGUGCAGGCCGAAUAUUGUUGCUAGGUCUCAGCCCACGCGAGCAGCGUCGAGUGAUCAGUGCCCUCGAGGUGAUUGAGAGAUGUGCGAGCCUUGUGAUCCCAGCGACGGAAUACCAGCCGCACAUCACUGCCCUCCACAACUACCUGGCCUUUGCAGAGAUCUGCCCUCUCGAGAACCCGUUGUUGCAGUUGCAGUUUCUCUCAGCUAGUCCCUUGCGUCACGCUAUCACGCAUCAUUUUCUGCUGACCGAGAAAGAGGUUUCCGAUUGCACUACGUGGACGUCGCUGCCUCUCUUUGAGAAAGGAGAAGACUUCGUCGUAGUGGCGGAGUGUCUGAAGGCCUUGCUUUCCGAGGAAGGAAGUCGCUUCGAAUUCAAGCGCGCGCAGAAGGCCAUGAUUCUUAGCAUACACGACGGAAAAUCGCCAGAGGACGUGAACGAGCAUGCGGAUUUACACGGUGGGGAUCCAAACUCCUUGAAAACACGUCUGGAGAGUCGUUUAUUGGAUGAGAUUCUUGACGAGCUGCGCGGCGUGGUUCCCUCUGCUGGAAACAGAAAAGGUGCGCGACAGAAGCGGAUGGAGGAGAAAGAGAACGCAAAACUUUCUGCCGAGGCGCUUUCUGGACUUGAUCGCAAGCGAAACGCAGACGAGCAGUCCUCGAACCCGCCAGAACUAGGUGUGUUUUCUGUUCUGCAUCAAGAAAAUCUUGUUGACCCCGUGACUGGCCGACUGCGACCGUCCCACACUGUUGCGGAGGAAAUGCGAGCAAAGUUGAAGCGCAUUUCUGAGCGCGCAAGCCCUCUUGAUCCUGUGGGCUCAUUGGACGAAAUGGACAGCGAGAUGAGUACAUGUAUGCCACGACCGGUUAGCGAGAAAAAACACAGAAAGGCGCGCAAGCGAGCACAACGUCUACUAGACGGCGAGGACCUCUCCUCGUCCUCGUCAGAGGGCGAGGUUGACGAAUUGAUCGUUGGCCGUGACGACGACGGACACGUGCAGUCCCGCUUCAUCGAUGAAGACUUUGUAGAUUUGCUCGAUUUGAAUGGGCAGGCUCCGGGUGGUAAGAAAUUUGCUUCGCACAUCUUCGAUCGCGUGGGCCGCGGUGGCUACACAACGAGUGACGAUAAAGUGGAGAUCGAAGAUGUUCUGGCGAUUCUUUUUGCGUGUAAAGAAGAGGGUGAUUUUUUUCUCCGUGUGAAGCAGGUCGUAUACGCGAAGUUACGCACCGUCGCAAAGAAACUCGCCACUGUGCGAACUAAUUUACGCAGUGGCCUCGAGUCGCCGAGCACUCGGGAUAAAGAUGCCACUGAUCAACACCCUUCUUCUCCGAAUGAAGGAACUCGACCUCGUGCCAUCACGAGUACAGCGGGCAGUGUUGCUGCCGGAGGUGAACAUUCACCCUCAGACGCGUCACCUCCAAACUCGCCUGGGGGGCGGGCGGCGGACGCGAUGUCAGCCGGCGUGACUGAGACCGGCGUAGAUUUGCUUCUGGUAGACGCGAUUCACGCCAUGAACUUUUUAGUCGAAUAUCUGCAUGCCAAAGGCGUUGUCUUGCGGGACGCACUGGAUGAAGUUCUGCAGGUCUUGCCGCCAAAGCUCACAGCGUACCUACGCCGUCGGGAAAGGGCUGCUAGCCUUUUCAGUUUCCUGGACGAGUUCCACCUUCUGUUUCCGGAGGACGGAACGGUCAUUCACGAUGCAGUAAUGUGUCGCAACAGAUUUGGACCCACGACGGCCGUUGGAGCCACUCGUACACGUAGAGGUCGUUCGACAAUUGGAGUCGCAUCUUCUUCGGAUCUGCACGCGAAGUACGGCCUGAAGACGCUGCUUUCACACGCUACCUUGAAGGAUUUGCAGGACACUGCAAUGCUGCCGCAAAUGAAACCCGUGCGAAUGUAUCCCGCGGAACCAGCGCGGCCACUGUACAGUUCGCCAGCCGUGAUUUCGAAGUUGAAAAACGAAGUGCUGGGGGAGAAAAUCCGCCUUCUGUUUGUUUCCUCGCGGAAGCGGUUCGACCUCUGCGCUUUGCCAAGCUCGCCGGCGGAGGAUGUGGCCGCGGUGAAGAACUUCUUGCAAAACCCAGCGAGCGACGGCGACCACGUUUCCAUUCUUCCACCAGACCUCAUUGCACGAGAAAUCGCCGAGUUAGAAGCGAUCGAGCAAGCGAUGGAAAAAGAAAUGGCGAAUCUCACGGGCAGCGCGCGGCCUGAUCAGGAGGAGCUCGACGAGCAUGGAGCUGUAGCAACAAGUAGAAGUUCGCUACGCGGAAAUUCUACCCGUUCACCGUCUGUGCUGGAUGGAAUGCGAGAAGAUGAUCAGGGUGGACGGGCGAGUUUGGAUUCGAUGUUGCCCACCACGGCAGUGUCUGUGCGACCGCUGGAUCAGCCAGCUGAAAAAGAGGAAGGCCGGCCGUCCGGAACGUUGCUCGCCUACAUCUCCAAGUCGGACCCGACACUCGAUUCAGCCUUGCGUGAAAAUCAGAGUGGGCGGAGAAGAGCCUCCAGAAGAUCAUCUGCAAAGCGGGAUAAGGAAGGAGACAGUGCCUCUCCCACGGAGGGACAAUCGCCUUCUCGUGCCGGCAAGAAUGGUUCGCCUGCGCGCUCGCCCUCUUUGAGACAACGGGAAUACGCAACGAGAACGAGUGGCACACGAGAAGGACGCGGAUCACAGUCACCCUCACCAGCACUUAAAAAAUCCUCGAUGAUGCAAGAAGAACAAACGGAAUUGAUGUCGCGACUCGCUAAAAGCUUGAACGUUCCGAAGGACGUGCUUCGUGAGCUCGGAGAGGAGAAGGACCCUAAUGUUCUUACUUUGCGCAAGGCCUCGUUGAUCGACGACGAGACGCUGCGAAGCGUUGAUCGUCGAGGGCUGCAGCAAGGCGGAGCUCACGUAGGGUCCGGGUUCUUUGACUCUUCCGACAAAAAAUUUGUAGCGUUUCUGCAAAGGGUGGGGCCGAAAUUGAAAGACCGGAUUCAGCAAAGCGAGUUGGACCCAGAUGAGGCCACGCGGCAGAAGAGGAUCGCCGCGAGUGUUCGCAACAUGGCUUCUGCCGUGCUGGCUCGGGCACAGGGACGAGACUCACGACAACGGGAUGCAGACGACAGCUUUCUUAACGAGUAUUUCUCUGGCCACUUCGCCUCUGGCCGGGCGAGGCGAGGGGCAUUGCCCAUCCUCGAUGGCUCGCCAAGUGUCGAUGACAAACGUCGCGGUUUGUCAAGUUCCUCGUCUCCUGGCCACCAAUCGAGGGACUCUGUGAUCAACCUACCGCUUCUAUUCGAUGGAGUGAGUAGUGUUGCAAGGACAAGCUGGGAGCCAGGAGUUUUCGGGGACGGCAGGACAUCUGUAACCCGCAAAUCGGGUGUCGGAAAGGUGCUGGAGCUUCUUGGAAAAGGCCCAACAGACGAGAGCGAGCAAAUAGCGAAUCGCAAGUUCUUUGCUCUCUACCAACGGUUCACAUUGGCGCACAACAUCCACACAGGAAAGUACUACGCUCCUGACGCGCAUGAGCUACUGGAACAGUUGCGCAAAGGUACCUCUGGCGACACGGAUAAAACUGCGUGGGAGUUAUCUCGUGGCAGCAGCAAAGGCAGCAUCUUUGCUUCAAACGAGGCACUAUCUGACGAAGAGAGCCUCGCUGGUGCGGUUGCUGAGUUGCUGGGUCCGACGUCGUACAACGCCGACCCCGCACUGCUUUCAGAAGCAGCACUAAGAGAGCAGGUGGAGAGCCCCGUGAGACGCAAACGAACUCGCAAGUUUGCUGAGGUGUGGCAGGAGGCACUGACCCGCAUCGGACAGGUACGAAUGCGGCGUUUUUUGCGUGCUGGUGGGUCAGACAACGGGUCGGAUGCGGCACUAGAGGCUUUAUACUCUGACAAGGUUGCAUGGGACCUUCUAGGUAAGGAGGGAUUGCUGGCAAAGUUGAAAUCCGAGUUUUUUCCUCAUCACGACGAACACGAUAUUGGAGUAGAGGAGAAGGGAGAACUCGAUGGGGAAGUUCCUUCUGACGUCGAAUCGACAAUACUGUUAACCGGACCUGACUCAUCUUCGGGACGCGGAGCUUUGCUAGCAUUGGGUCAGCCGUUGCCCUUUCGCCGCGGCGACCUUGUCUUCCUGAAGCAGCAAGCCCUCCACGAGUGGGAGAGCUCGUUGUUCACAGAGAGAGAAGCGUCUUUUUCCGAAGCCUCGGACAGCGAUGGGCGCUCCCCUCAAUCCGUGGGAGGGACCUCGGAUAGCAGCGGUUCAUCCAAGGGAGUCGACCCGCGAAAAUCGCGGCGACGCAGUUCAAAGAAAGCACCACUCACAGCGGACGGGAAGGUCGCGCGGCGCAAGAAAAUUCAGGAAAGGCUUGCUACUGCAAAUUUAGUUCACCUGGUGCACCAAAUCCAUAAUGCGUACCCGCAUACUUCAGCAGAAUUGACAAUAGCGAAUGGCAAGCUCUCUCGGAGUGGCACUUUGCGGGUACAUCUGAUAGACUCGCGAACGCAAAAACGCCUUGCGAGGUACGACCUUCCCCAACGGUUUCUGGCGCAUGUCGAGGCCGAACGGGAAUUAGGUCUAAUUCAGUAUGUCGACGAGAUGGAGGAUGGCAUCGAUGACGGGGAUUUGGAAAAUCGAGAAGACGAAGACAUGAUUCCCGACGAGCAAGAAGCUAUUGGUGUUAAGAAGCGUCAGACUUCUACUGUGCUUCCAGGAGGUCGAGCAUUUUCCCAGGAUGAUGUUGACCGUGCAUCUUCGCGGGUUGCUCCGGGAGCAGGCACGGCAAGCAGGAAGUCGCAGUCAAAGAGGAGCAUGAAUGCAGGAGGAGCCUUUGUGGUCGGUAGAAAGUCUAGCAUGGUGACCAAACGAGGAACAAAUCAAUUUUUCGGAGCGACGCGACGAAAUGCAUCCGCGAUUACGGUAGUCACGCAACCAAUUGAAUACACACUCGAAGCAGGUGAGGCUGAGGUGACCGAGUUUGCGAAGCAGAAGGUAUCAACAACACUUGGGAAGCGCAGCAUCGCUGGCAAUGCCACUAGCACGCCGAGAACUAGCCGGUCGGACAAAAGCGAUGGAUCAGGACGAGCGUCGUCAGAUUCGAGAACGACAGCGCGGAAGAGAUCAAGGUUCGCGAGCCAAAGCCUUGAUUCACGCGCGACGCGCACGACCACUACGUUAGGUGGCCCCUCCGUUGUGGCGACCCUUGGUAAGCCCAUUACAGAGGAUGCUGCAGCGGAUGAGACGAGUAAUAAAGAGGAUGAGAACUACCUUGUUGCACCGGGGUUUGGCAAUAUGUUCCGAAAGAGCCGGCGAAGCGGUACGGAGCGGAAAUCUGGCCGUAGUCCCUCGCAGCGACCAAUGAAAAAAUCAACGAAGCCACCUGAGUCGUCUGACGCAGCAGGUCACGCUAGUGACUACUCUCAAUCUUCUUUGACGCUCGCAGAGGCUGCGGGAGCUGGCACAGGCAGCACUAGACCUAGCAGUACACAUGGUAGUAGGCCGAACGGGACUAGAUCUAUCCGUUCCAGAGAAAAAAGUCAGCUGAACAAGUCACGAGAUUCUUCCCGAGGCGGCAGCGGGAGGUCCUCGGAGGAUUUCAAGAAUGGCGAAGCCAUGACGAGGAUAAUGUUUUAUCCCGAAGAUGACCCGGAUGAUGGUUACGAUGACCCGAGUCAGUUCGACAUACGAGAGGACGACGUGGAACUACUUCCGGAGAACGACGGUUCCACGGGAAGUGCAUUUCUAGAGUUAAGGGCCACAAUAGUUCGUCUUCGCAGAUCAAUUGUCUCAGUGUCCUCUUUGGAAUCGGAUUCUGAGGGAAUGAGCGGAGAAGAUGAAUCACUUUCAGCUCUAAAAAUAGAGACUGAGGAAAAUAAAGAUGGCAUGAAGUUGAAUGAUGACGACGAGGAUGGCGCGUUCAGUGUCUUAAUUCCUUUUGUCCUGCUUCGCGACGUCAUCGUUGAUGCAAGUGAUCCAGGCACGAACGAUUUUCGAUCACUGAAGCAGCUUGUGGGGGCUGGGUUUGAGCUGGCGGUUCGCGGCGUUCGCGAUGCGGCACCAGAAAACGUACAGGACGAGGUGGCCCUUGCAGAAGCUUUUGCUAUGCUGGACGACGCAACAGGACUUUCUGCGCCGGAUGGAGUUGGAGAAAUGCGAACUGGUGGGUCCUUUGUCCGCGGCGCCGAGGGGGAAGGCAUGGAUGGAGACGACGCCUCGCCUGACGUAGGUGUCGGGGGCGAGGCGGGCACCUUCACAGAGGGUUCCUCGGAGGUGACAUCGCCGGAAGAUAAGAAUCCAUCCUCAGACUCGGAAGCAUCUACUUCUCCUUUUGAAGACGAAGAGGCGGGUACUGAAUUGAGAAAGCUCCCCAAGCGUCCGAGUUACCUUGAUCGUAAGUCGCGAAAAUUAGGGAGGAAACUGUCAAAGAGGGCAUCAAACCGAAGUAGCACGCGGUCGUCUGGCGUGGGUGAUGCGCAAGUGUCGACCGGAGAAAAUCGUGACGUUGCUGUUCUUCCGGGCAAAAAUUUUGUGUCGUUGUGGCCUGUCAAGAGAAAACUAGACGAUCCAUCAGCUAUUGUCUUCGCUUCGAGAAAAGAAAUUGCGAAGGUGUUGGGCAAGCAUCUGAGCGAAGAACUUGAACACAAGGCCGCGUUCGUGGUGAACCGAAAUCACAUCGUUCCGGUUUACGAUGAUGCAGACGUUCUCGAUUUCAUGAAACGCUACCGCAAAGGCGCUGCUAGAGUAAGGCAGAAGGUAAUGAACUUGAAAAAUCAUUUGCGCGUUCUCGCCGCUGGUGUGCAUUCCCAUUACCACGACGUGGGUGACAAGAUCCAGAGGACAACAUUUGGCGACAGCCCCGCCUCAUCUCGUGUGCAUGACUCUGAGGAAGAGGAUGAAACGGAGGAGGACCGAGUUGCGCGUCUCCAACGAGAUGUUGAAAGCACGACUUUAGCUAUUGAAGAAGAACAGCGGAGGUUCGCUGCGCGGGAAAGGCUGGUCGUGGAACAGUACUACUUCUCACGUGCCCUCUGUAUUGCGCAGAAUACGCGCGUCGUGCCCCGCGAGGUGGCCGUGACAUCCGCGUUCGAGCCCGAUAUGCGAUUCUUGAUAGAAAAGCUCGCAAACGCGAAGGCGGUGAACGCCAUUCCAGCACGUCACCGUGGCGCAGCAGCCGACAGCGAGGAAGUGGACGCCGAGACUGGCAAGGGGGCAGGCAAAGUAAAGGCGGCUCGGAAUGAUAUUUGUCUCCUUGUGGUCCGAAUCGUGCACGACUCGGCCCAUGCUGCGGGGCCACUCGCCGUUUUAGCGCUUUUCCAAAACGCAAAACUCAUUUUAGACCGUCCCAUCGUGCUGCCGUGUAUGUACCUCCGACCGGAGCGAAGACCCAUUGUGGUGGAACCAAAAGAAAGACUCACGGUAGACGGAAAGACUUCGCUGGAGAUUCUUGAUGCGGAUGCACCCCUGAGCGAACAAAGAAAAACUGAGCACAUAUCUCGUGUCAGCGAGGAGCUACAGCAUUUUCCGGAUUUGGUACUGUUGCGGGGUGACAUUUUCCACUACGGCCAUGACCACCACGAGGAAAUGCAUGCUGAGUCAUACGAAGCGGGAGACGAGUCCGUACACUACUCAGAAGACUACCAUUACGCGCACUACGAAUACCACGAAGGGUACUGGGACGACAGUACUACGGCAAUGGCGCACGCGCAGUCUGAAGACGAUCAGAAGUACGCAGAAUUGAAAACACAACUUCUGGCUCUGGCGGAGGAGGGCUACGUUUUCCAGUUAGUGGAAGCGGACGAGGAAGCAAGGUCAGCCGCCGGAAGUAGCAAUAAGGCUGGAACAGAAACAGCAUCAAGUGCAACUGGCGUUGAGCAGCACUUUUCUAAUCGGGGUGAGGAAGGAAAUUUUGUAACAAUCCUUCCAUAUGCGCUAAAUCAAAGAAUUUCAGAGUAUCGUGCGAGCAAGAAAGCGGGUGAGCCUCAGGCUCGCUACUCUCAUAGUCGUGACGAGUGGACCUAUAGUGGUACGGCCGCCGGUUUGAUGCUCGCAGCCGAGCGCAAGCAUACAGUUCCUGCAGAUUGGGUGACGCAUUUCGACCCAGUUCUAGUAGCGGAUCGGCCCGUUGGGAUAGGUGACCGCGUCCAGUUGCACGAGCCCGCCAUUGCGCGGCAUGAGGCGGGGGCGGACGUCGAUUUGGCUGUGUCCGCUUCGGUUAGGGCAUCUGCCUUGUCAGCGGUUCCUCCGGAACGGGCGUCCGGAUCGCGGUGCGCGUCCCGAUCGAAAGGAGAAGCCGAUCAGUCGAUGGAGGGGAUACAUGCGGAUGUGGCUACUGCGGAGUCCGUCAGAGCAGCCGUGCGAACUGGAGCCGCCGUCCGUUGCAUUGGCAUUGUGGACGCGGGGUGGGCCGCGGGAGGCAUUCGCGUUCAGCUGUCGACUAGUGGUGAUGGGCUCGGCGAGGGCAGCGAUACCGUCUCAAAGGGGGGUGGCAUUAAGGGCGGCUCAGUGAUGUCUCUUCCCGCCAUGUGGGUAGAGCCCCUCGUGCAGGUGCAAGCAAGUGUUUUGGCAACGCAACGCACCGCUGUGCAACUUCGCGAUGUGAUUCCUGCCAACAUGUAUCGCCGGCGAAUCCACUUCCUGUGGGAUGCCGUUGAAGGUGGCGCGGUGAUCCGCGCAGUCCCCAGUCUAGACGAAACUGGACGCACACGCUCGACCGUAUCUCGAUGGACUAGAGAAGCGCAAUCGCGGAAGAGUUUCAAAAACUCAAUUUCUCAAACCAGCAGCCGCGAAUCGAAGAAAAGUAAGUCUACGAAGCGACAACCUGGUGCUGAUGCCUCAACAACAGCGGGCUCAAAGAAGAGUGCGCGAAAGAGCGAGGCAUCGCGGAAGAGCUCUCGCGUCUCAGAAAGACGGAGUAAGGCCUCGAACGCGGCGAGCGUGAAGAUGGAGUCCGUACGUGCUACGGUGAGCCAGAUGCUUGCGCAAGACGCGGAUCCUGAUUUAGCCACCACUCCUCUCGACGGAGGUGAAGAGGAGAAUGUUGAAGUUGCGCGUGCCUCACUCUUCGGCGACAUGCUGCAGGAGGAAGCUGAUGAGGAGUCGGGUGAAUAUAUCGGCAUUCCCGGUCCUGUUCUAUGCGUAGAAGUGUGGCGUCGCGGUUCUUUUGUGCGUGGCAUGCGUGUGCCGGCAGCUUAUGUCGCUCCCCUCGCUCCAGGAAUUUUUGGCGGAGGUGACGGGGGUACAGCCCUGGUAACAUCUUCUGGCACUAGCGUAGUAAGGGAGGACGAGGGUAGCGGAGGUAAACAGGACCAAAGUUCGGCAACUGCUCUGGCUCGGCAGGUGAUGUUGCAUCACAUGCGUCCCGGAACGCUUCUAGAUCUUCACAGUGAUGCUGCAAGAGUGCUUGCUGCACAGUCAGAUGCGUUUCCAGAUGUGCGGUUUCUCUAUGCUUUGUCACCAGAUCAUAUCGUUGCCGCGUUGGUCGACGUUAAGAGUCACAGCAUGGCCCAGGCAGUGCUUUUACCUCGAGUUGUAGUUUCACCAGCACUUGGUCGCUUUCCCACUCUGUCUUCCUCGACGGAUCAGCUUGAGACGCUGACCACCGGAAUUUUCGUACGCGACGAGGUCCUAGCGGCUCAGCAAUUUCGCUGCGGACAGCCCGAAGAUGUUCUUCCCACAACGGCGCUUUUCGAGAGGCCACGGUACACCUUCUUGCCGGGGGAUGCAGUGCUUCUGCGAUCAGCAUUGCAGAAUUUGGGAGGGCAUUCGGAAAGCGUUCCCGCUCGGCUGAAAGCCUACGUUCGCCGCGGCGGAGUGUGUUCCGUCGUCCACGUUGGCGCCGGAGGACACUGGCUGUUGCUCUACACUGACGACCUGCCUUCGGGCGAAGCUGCGACAGAUGAAGAUGAUCUCGCUAACCAGUCCUUUUUCUGGGUUCCUGUGAGCUUCGUUGAGGUUUGCGACACAACCGGUCGAGAUCUGGAACCGGGCCAAUCGGUGGCGGUAAGGGACGUGCUGGAGACCGAUCUGUGGGCAAUUGCCAUGAAAACGCUACGACUGGCAGCGCAUACAAUGCUUUUGGAAAGGAACGGGAAUAUGGUCAAAGUCGGUGUGCUCUCAAAAGGCCAGUUAUACGAAACUGUGGAUAUUCCAACGUGCUUCGUGGAAUACAACUUAUUCACCCGAACAGUCGCGAGCAUGAACCACGCCACUGAUGCGAAGAUGCUCACUGAUGUUCUCGGGAGCGAUUCUGAUACCGCAGGAGAAGAGGUGAAAAUAAAAGGAGAAGCAGUUGUUGUACAAAAAGUAUCGAAAAAAUCACGCCGAAGACCCGCGACAGGGCUGUCUCCCACCAGAACAACUAUGAGAGGCUCAAGUAAGACGACGAGCCAAGGAGCCGGCGCACGAGAGUCGCAGGCACUUGCUAUCAGAACAACUCCACCUGGUGUACUUGGCGAAGCAGAUCGGACAGUUGUUGACUUUUUGUCAAUGCGGAUUCUUCUUGCGGCGUUUCCGUACCGUAGUCGAGUGUACCUGAAGCCCUUCUUUCGAGGCCGUCGAUCCGCCGCCUGCUCAGCCCUGCUCGACGUACUUCGCGAGCGCGCAUCCCAGCUCCGGCGAGCCGAGAGACACCUCAUGUCUGUGCGCGUCGAGGCUGUGCACGAAAGGCGGGUAGGAUUGCGCGUUAUGGAUGGCAUCUCAAACAAAAGCUCAUCCAAUAUGCCAACAGAGCUGAAGCAAACCUUCUUCGCUCCACCCCACCUGCUACACCUUCCGCACCGACCGCAUCGAGGGCUGGACGAACUGUUUCAUCGUCGGCAACGUGUUGCAGUGCGCAACGUGGAGCCAAGAAGCUACUUCUCCGAUCUCGAGUAUAUCAAGUUGUGUGACUUCGUGCGGUCCGUCCCGCGGGCACGAGUCGUAGUCCACAGCGUGACUGUCAGGUCUUCGAACACGCUAGUGGACCUUAUGUUGCUGGACGUAGAUGGCCUGCCUCUUGAGCGAGCGCGCGUGUCUGCAGAUUUACUGGAGGCCUUUGAGGAUGACGCGGUGGACUACAAGCGCAUGAUGGACGAUCAUGGUAUCAAGGAUAUCGUGGCAGAAAAUAAGAUCAAAAAGAAGAGAGCAGAGGAGUCUCGCAAGACGAAGCCGGCAGCCAAGAAAGGCGCUUCGCGCGUAACCAACGUUUCGAAAAAAUCAGUUAUGAAGUUGGGACGCGUCCGCAAGUCGUCUGCAACGAGAGAUAGUGAUGGAAAAAAGCCCAACGGCCGGAAGGGUAAGAAAAAUGCUGAGACGGCUAUCAUUGACGCUUUCCUGAGUGACACGACUAGCUCUGGCGGCUCAGAUCCUUCCACGACGGAUGUUUCUGACGAUAGCUCAGACGCAGACAGCAUGGAGUUUGACCCGUCGCUGACACAAGCGCGAAUACCAGUUCUUCUGCGCGAUGUGGUCACCUACAACGCGUAUGCUCCUGCCGUCGAGAGAUUGCAUAUGUUACAGGCAAGAGGGGACCGGCUCUUCAUCUCGGAGCAGGAAGCCCGCAACAAGAGGAGCGAUCGCGUCGUCGUGGUGGCUUUGCGACGAGCGCCACGGAGAGAAGACCUGUGGGAGCAUCCGCAAGAGCCCUUGUCGUCCGCCGAGCUUCGAGUCCCCACAAUCGUUGUCGCGAGUGAAGUGGUUCCGCGAGAGGUCGUCGCAGUUCGACAGCAGCUAGACGAAGGAGUUGCACGUGGAGGACGAGGAACUGCUUCGUCUUCCAGAGGAAAGUCCUCAAAGUCUGUGGUUGACAGUCUGUGUGCGACUCUACUCUUCGGAGAACAAGAGGACUCAAAUUUCAAGACUCACUGGUCUAACACACAGGAUUCAACAAAGACGCAACUACACAAUAGAAGUGGAGCAGACCACGACGACGACCAUUUUUCCACAUUUUCGUAUAUUCCGCUAGGUUCAGAAGUGUUUCUUGCGGGACAAGCUAGCACAGUAGAUCCAGUUUGCGAGGGAAUAUACACGCGGUACUUGAGUUCUAAUCCGACAGCACUGCUUAGUCCUGAGCCAGUCAAGCUUGUGUUGCUUGGUCGAGUGGGUUCCAAUCUGUGUGUGGAGCCAGUGGUUUGCAAGAGUGAGGAUGCCGAUGACGCCAACGCCUUGCCUGAAUUCUCCGGUAGUGUAGAGAGGGAACGCUGUGCGCUGUUGCCCGCUGAGCUUGUUCAUCCUGCAGGGACUGAUAGCCAGACAGCAGCGUCGUCAGGGCGAGCGGUGGAGAGCUGGCUAUUUCAAGAAGUCUGCCUACGAGAUUUUGCCGUAAGCGCUUACGAGUACCCGGAAAUUGAGACUAUUCGCAAAAUGGUAGAGGAAGAUGGCUCAAUCCUGGUGCCACUCAGAAGACGCGAGCCCAAGAGGCGGCGCGCCGUGGAAGCAUUUCCAGUAGCGCAUGGUUGCCACCGCUUGGACCUGAUGGCAGUCUCACCGCAGCUGUGGGUGCGAGCAGUUGCAACGGAACUGGCCGCGAAGUCGCAAGUCCUCCUAAAUGCAAUAGCUGUGCGGAAGCAGCGUGGCUUAACAACAACGGACUAUGAAGAAGAAAAUGAGUUUCAGCACUUUCUCGAGAAUCUGGGCGACGAAGCGGAAGCCCUGACCCGCCGGGCCGCGGUGUCGAUUUUAGACACGAAAGACGUCAGCACUGCAGUAACGUUUUUUCCCCUCAUUCCAAGUAUUUUCGUGGAGCCGAAGGAGCUUGUUCCCACGCACUUGCGCGUCCCUUUACAACCUGGAGAACCGGUGCGAGUUCGUCCGAUAGUAGUACCAAACUCUUUUGCCAUCGUGCACGAAGUCUGUUCCUAUUCCCAUGAGCGCCUCGUCCUAUGCCAAACGACAAGACCCGAAAUGGGGGGUCCUCUCGCUCCCGCUGUAGCCGAAGUUUGGGUCUUCGAUGACGCGAGCGGCGAAUGUGUGCAGCAGGUGCAGCUGCCGCUUUUUGUCCUCGAAGCGGAGACGCCGGAUGCUGCAACGCGCACACAACGCGAGAACGACGCCUGUCAUAGUGUAUUGCGUCGCCCGUUUGUGAUUGCUCCGACGGUGGAGCCCAGAGUGUCUGCGGAGCUCGCAGCGGAGAAAGAAUCAGGGGUGCCGAUGCUCUUCAUCUCGGAGCCAGAUGACAAGCCCAUGCCCAACAGUAAGUCAACUCCUUCGUAUGGAAAGUCGCUUGUGGGUGCAAAAAACGGUAGAGUGCCGCCCAUUUUUGGCUUGGGAUUCCAUAGUGCCGGGUCAUCUUCAUCGCAUCGUCUGUACGGGUCUAUCUCAAUGCCACAGGAGCCUGUUCUGGAAAAACCGAAAGCUGUUCUAGCGCCAGCGAUUAAGGAGAAUGUGGCCGCAAGGGACGGCCGCCCCGAAAUAAAGGAACGAAAAAAGAAAUCCGGCAACAAGAAGCGUUCAAAAAAGCUCGAAGUCUUACCGCCUAUCAGAGAAGGGACGGAGGAAUCGGACUUCGAGGAAACUAGCCAAGACCAUCUUUUGGAGGAAGCGGACGAGCUAGUCGCGUCCCAGGAGCGUGCAGAAGAUCCAGUUUUUCAUACAGGAGCGAUGGAUGAAUUAGGGGAGACACCGAGGGUAGUUCCGCCUUUGUCCGUGAGGGGAAAGCUCUCUCCUUACGGAGCGGCAUUGUUCGAAAUCAACGAAGCAGUAGUUCUCUUGAAAACAGAGAACGAGCAGCCUCCACCAGAUGACGCUGCAGGCACAGGUGGAGGUGCGGGCAGUGGAGCGGCGCAGGCAGGCAGAUCAGCUUCUGCUACGGGCGCUGGCUCAGCAGGGGGAGGCAGCAUUCCUCUGAAUUCUCUGUGGAUGAAAGUUACAGCAAUGGCUACUUCGGAUCCGCGGGUCUCGAUGCGUGUUGUUGCCACGCAGGACGGCGUAGCCGAGGUCGCGAUUCACCGCAGCCACGAGCCACGUGGCAGUGUACUAGAUUAUCACCAUGCGGGUACGAAGGAACACCGUUACAACCUUCCGUGCUCGUGGCUGCUGCCGCGGUUUGCAGUAGGUGUAGAGAGCCUUCGCGCUGGUGACUUUGCGCUGCUGCGAAGUGUCGCCACUGCUGACGCUGCGAACGCGGGUGAUACCUUACUGGCAGAGAAAGCAGUUCUAAACGCGCCCGCGGGAUUAAGCGGAGAAGGCAUGACUGUGGAGGAGUUGCUAGCUCCCAAAUUUCCACUCUUGCGACUGCGAGAGGACGUGCCGGUAUUGUCCACCGAUCCAGACCACACCUCCAGCGAGGAAGAGAGCAAAAGUGGCGCGGAAGGUCGAAGAGAAAGCUUCGCGGAGGGCGAGCUCGAAACUGUGGAGUGCGAAAUUAUAGGAGGCGGCACGGUCUACGUCGGGAAUGAGCAGAAGCGUUCGCAGAUUCUCAAAAGCAACCCAGUGGUGCGCGUCCCAGUUUCGGUUUUGGAACGAGUGUUUAGCAAGCCGCGACCUGGCGAAACAGCGCUGCUUCGUACAUUAGUUGUGCCGGUGGUGUUUGCGCCCGUGGUCGAAACCCUGCGCACCAUGCUUCGCACCGUGCCGACUUCUCAGAUUUUUAUUGUGAGGGUGCUUGGGGCUUUCGCAGAGGUGUGCGUCUGCGCUAAAGGAAAACUGGUAGUGGCACCGCGUAGCUUGCAAACGCGAGCGAGCCAGACACGGAAGAGCCCCGCAGCAAAGAGAAAGAUGGGUAGACGAAAGAGAGCCUCAGCUGUUGAUGCGCUUAUCCAGGACGAGAGCGAUGUUGAUGUUGAUAUUUCCGACGCGGCAUUUGGUAUUGGUUGGGCCUCUCGUCUUGAGGUUGGUUUACCUGAUGAUGCAGUGAAAACUAGGAUUCUGGACGCUGGUAGGUCACAGCGAGUGUCUGGUCAAGUACAUGCGGCCGGGGACGGCGCCGCCACCCACCGCUUGCUGCGGGAACAUUUGGCGACAGCGCCACUGGGAGAGAUGGAUGGCGUGUUUGUCCUACCUGUAGAAUUGCUGGAGCCCUCUAGUGUCAGUCGAAUCGCCGAAAACUGCCUCGGGAUACUCCCAUCUCCAUCAGAUUUGGAGCUGUUGGAGGAGGUACAUCUCACAUUGCCGGCCCCUGAGCAGGUUGGUGCGUCCAGAAGCGCGCUGAGUCGCUCUACUAUGGCAGGAGACGAGGACACGGAAGCGGAUCCGGUGAAAGCCACACGAGAAAUUGCAGGCUUGCUCUCGGACGCUCUGAAGAGCAAGCAUGUGCAGGCCUUGGAGCGGGAACUGAGACGGCACCCACUAGAGAUGCGGUUGCACCGUCUGCUGCAGCACCCAACACGUGAUCUUGUGAGUGGCACAAUCGUGAAUCGCCGCAGUUGCGAUGCGGAAAUCUUCGUUACCGGACGACGCGGGCUCGCACCCGGCAGCACCGGGUCAACUAGGUUUGUACGUCGAAUGCUCGUGCCGGCAGAAAGGCUAGAGCGUGCUCCGCGAGCGGAGCACGCACCACGGCCGGGUGAGUUUGUCCAUUUGCGGGCGAUGGUGUUUGACGAAGCGACAUAUCUGGACAUUGCGCCAGCACGGCGCGCCGUCCGAAAAGGCGCGCGCCUGAAGGUGAUAUCCGAUAUUGUCGCACCCAUCCCAGCGGCUUUGCGACGCGGCGGGGCAGAUUCCUCUGGUGUCAAGCCGAAGCUCAUUCGAGUCAUGGCGCAGUUUGAAAAGAGGAACCAAGGGAACUCUCCUACCGUUGGAGGCACAGCUGGCAAAAGUCAGACGAACAUCAGCGGACCGUCAUUCGCGACGAGUGACCUGCAAGUGUUCACGCUACCACACUUUAGCAUCGCUCCGUGGCGCAAUCCAUCUGACGCAAGCAGGAUACAGCAGGGUGAUCAGGGCGCGCGCUUGCGAGCGAUCGAGGUUGACGAUCGGUGGCGAGAAGAGGCUCAAGUUUUACAUGAAAUUCGCGAUGGUGUACUGGGAAAUUUCGCGACUGUCGAGUACGUCCAUGACAACGAAAAUGAUGAGAAAAUGGCCGACGGAAAGAGGGUCUCUGCGGCGGACACACACAAGCUGGUAAAGCGGCUCUCGCGUGGCCAGCGAAAACGCCUACGGCACAAUCUAGCGACAUGGCGCGCGGACUUGGAGGCGGGACGAUUGCAGUUGGUGAGAAUACGUCGGCGCGUUGUAAACCUAGCCCUACAGGGUGUAAAGAGUGCAGACCCAUUUAGCAGUAAAGGAGGGGACAGCGAGAACGAUGACGCGAUUCUUUCACAAAUUCUUCGUCAGGGUCUAGAAAAGAAUGCCGCGGAGAUUAGUACGGGCACAGACCGUAAAGCCGUUACCGCAGUCAGCGAGAUGCUAGUGCAGGACCGUGUCAACUGGUUGAAGAAUAACGUUUUCAACCGGAUCAUCGAGCUUCCGCGGGCUUAUCUCGAAGACGACUCCGGUGACUCAGUUAGACGACUCAUGGCUCCACAACACAGAGGAGCAGGGGGCACAACUCUUGGAGGAGGCGCAGGAGGAAGUUACCAGCACCAUGGAAUGUUACACCGUGAGGUCUUCUUUCCUCGACGCAAGCUGGACGCAAAGGACCCUAACCAUGUCGAACCUAGUCAAGAGGCCAUCCUCGCUGGUGAUCGCGCUAUCGUAAGCCGCGACGAUGAUCUAGACUCCUCAUGGAGUGAAUUUUCAGCCGAAGAGGGCGAUCAGAAGAAAGAUGAAGUACUCUCUUUUGGUGGAAAGAGGAUUUGCUCAGUGAUUCUGCACACGCAUCAGUGAUAUGACGAAGUCUUACUAGAACAAGAAAUCUUAUCACCAUACAGUCCAUUGGUUUCUUUGGUAAAUUGACUUUCUUACCGCGAACUACAGGAUAAUGCACUUUCAUUGUCGAAUGUCGUAUCUUCGUCAGGCUGCCGUGCUCAAAAAAGUUCUCGCUGGUUCGUCCCCUGGAAAGCGAGUGCCGAGCGCCGUGGAGCGUGGUCGCGCACUGUUGAACGAUGUGCAAUUGAGACAUUAUCAUGCGGUCCUUCCGUCUGAGGACGCCGCACUUAGACGGGAGAAGAUUGCUACGCGCCAGAAAAUCGAUGCCGAGGUCGCAAAAUUAGAGGGCGAGUUGCUGGGCAUGAAACAGAUAGCACACGAAAUGCGGGGUGCUCAAAUACUGGCCAAAAAACGCAUGGAAGAAGAGCAGAAGCGACGAGCAAGAAAGAAAGCGAUGGCAGCGGGCGACAUGAUGAGAGCGUACCACUUGAUUAAUUUGAAUCAAUCAGAAUUUGUUUGAAACAACGAACAAGGAUUUCGAUACGUUUCUGCAAUCACGAGACUCCUCGCUGAAUAAGAAUCUACUCUCCAUUCUGGAGGCUUUUGCAACCUACUUGUUUCUGGCGAAUUUAGCUUGCUUCAUCUAACUCCAAAGGUUGCGGGCAGACUAGUAGAGCUAUAUACUCAAGACAUCAGAAUGUUGCUUCAUCUUUCGUUCCUUUUCAGGUACAUUCCUGCCCGUGACGCUUUUACUGUGAACCAGGCGUUUAUCAUAGAGGAUUCCAGUUCCUACAGUGGAAGCACCAGCAGUGACGAAAUUGAAAAGCCGGGUCAAUAUUCAACCUAUAUCCCUGGUCAGUCGGUUCGCGGUGGCAACACAGUCAUGGCUUCAAUGAGGAUGGGCGUGCCCGAGUUCGACCUGUUUGGCAUGCGCGACUCUGCUAGACGGGUGAACAACGACAAAAAAAAUGCUCCGUUGUCGGCCGCCGCAAAUGCAACACCGAAACCCUUUCUCGGCUUGGUGGGCGCUAUUGACCAAGACGAUCGCGAUAUCAACCGUUAUCUGACCCAGCGAGGAAGUAAACAGGCGGAUUUCGAGGAGGACUACGGAGUGUUUGGAAUAGAAGGCAACUCGUCCACCUCGCAGUCGGACGGCACAGAAGAGCCCAGCUCAGAUCGUCCGACCAAUAAAGAAUUCCUGCAGCUCAACAUGGAAGACAAUGUGGGAGGCGGCUACUUCUCCGCGGAUUUGUGGAAGGAGGCCAGGAAAAAACACGCUCAGGUACGCCUUCCGGUGGCAAAUGCCGACAUAAAACGCGGCCAGCACGAGUCUCGCUACGUCGAGUACUUCCGCUACUAGAUCAUCACCAGGCAUGUGCUCAUGCAACAGCAUCAAGAGUGUGUACCGUCUAGAACACAUGUUUGUAGAAGUUUAAGAAAAGUCGGGAAACAAAUAGCUUUGCGCUACUGUCUAGUAGGGGCGCGUUCAGUCUCCGUUUUCGAAGAAAAUAAUUCGAAUUCCAUAUGAAAGUUGCAGACGUGUCUUUGUACGAUGGUCAAAGCACAGUGAUAACGCGAAACAAGGCAUCAACUUUUUUGUAAAAAUGUAAAGAUAACAGCCAAUUCCAAAGACCACGGACAUCAUGAGCAUCAUAUUCAUCAUGAACGUUCUAUGCAAUGUUACUAGAUUGACAGCAAUUUCACUAGAUUGACAGCAAUUUCACGAGGUUGAUAACAAGUUCACUAGAUUGACAGCAAUUUCACUAGAUUGACUUUCCAGCAGGUGUGCGAUAUCUACUUUAGAAACCCAUGAAGUUACGUUAGUGGACCAGUCACUGGUGCAGCUGGCAGGGGGGUUUGCGUGCACGAGCUGGUGAAUGAAUAGUGUGUACAGGUUUCCAAGAGCUCCUUAUUUCGCUUUCUAUCACCAAUGAAUCAAUUGAGUGAUUCUAUCUUCAUAUCCAAGAAUCAAUUACCUUGGCAUUUUUCUAUCUAGCAGUAUCGAGCAACGAUAGCUUCAUCGCAGCAUGCACUCGAUUCGAAAAGUGCUCUGGAGGGCCAAAAAAAAAUGCACGAGCAUGCAAAUGAAGCAGAGCUAUUUUGAUUCUCAAUCAGACUCUUAUCGAAUGGAAAUUGCUGUGAAGCGUUGGGGAUGCUUAAGUACACUAAUGCCUAUCAAAAACGUGAGGUAGAAUGUUAAAUCAAUGAGCUUAAAGAGAUGAAAGAGCUACGAGUUACAAUCGACUGCUUGCUAUCGGCUUUCGCUGGCAUGCUGCGACCACGAUACAGUAUGCAUGCCGUUUAAAAUUUUUCUCGGGGAGCGACGACUUGCCUACCUUUUUCCUAC